UGUCGAUAUUCUGGUGUUCAGAUGGGAACUGUAAAAACAGAACUCACUUUUGAGGAUUUGACAGGUUUCCGGGCCCUACCGAUCCAGAUGUCUCUUGUAAAAUUGAUCUCACUCAUGCCCAAUUCGUUAAAUAAAAUUACUAAAUUCAUAAUUGAUAUAUUGCUUAUAUUAUACUUGAUUGCUGGUACUAUCCAAACUUACAGUAUCUUUGGUGGAUGGAAGGAGGCAUACAAUCAAAAGCAUUUCCUUAAGGUUUCCAACUCUAUAAACUACACAGUUCUUUUUAUUGAUCUACUUCAAAAAAUCACCCUCUUGAGGUUCAACACAUCUGCGAUAGAAACACUUGGAAAUUGGGCAAAAAAAGUAAAAAUAAGGAUCGGAAAUAAUGAAACCAAUCUAAUAAAAGUUGUCAAAAUUGUCAACAAAUUUCAUUCUGUGACAAGUAACAUUGCAGCACUAUUUUGGGCAUUUUACCCACUGAUCACAGGCAAAACUAUAUUGCCACUUAAAUAUCCAUUUUUAAGUCAGUUUUUAUCAACAAUUUCCUUUCCCGUGGAGUUCAUUAUUUAUACCGGCUUUAGUACAGUCAUCUCCUAUGGCGCUGCGGUUUUUCUCUACGCUCUUGCUCUAUUCAGUACAGAAAUUCACAGAUUAGCAGACGACUGGGCCAGCCUAACUUACGAUAGUAAACAGCCUCAAUUGUAUCGACAACAGUUCAAAUUACUUGUAGAAAGACAUGUUGAACUUCUUAAAGUUUUAGUUAAUAUCAAAAAGUUGCAUGAAGGUGCAUUUGGUUUUCAAAUUAUCAUAACUAUGUUAUUGAUAUUCACCGGUACUUUUGGAAUUAUAAAGCUCGAUGAUGAUGCAGUUACACUCAUUAUAAUAACAACUCCGUUUGGGGUCCUGACGACCAGUGAAUUUUUCUUGAUGUGUUGGAUCGGCGUUCAAAUUACAGACGGUUUUUCGAGUAUUCACCAAAAAUUGUACUUCACCAAUUGGUAUGAUACCCCUGCGAACGACAAGCUCAGUUUACAGAUUGUUAUGGAGUUUUCUAAGAAGCCGAUUAUUUUGACUGGAGUUAAAAUAUAUACUGCUUCAUUGACUACUUUUGGAAAUGUUAUGAAAGAAACAUUUUCAUUGUACACUGUACUCAAAGCCCUCAUGGGUUAAUGCUACAACUUACAUUUAACAACAUGGCAGUCUGCA